AUGUCCUCCAAAAUCAAUAAAGAAUUGGUUAUUCCAUACAAGCACGUUCCAGCCAAACCAAGAAACGACAAUGCCACAAGUGUAGUCGCCCAAUCACUUCCUAUGGCCGCUAUGUUUAUGCGUAACAAGAUCUUAUCCUGGUCGUCAGUAUUCAUAGCCGUACAAGCUUGGUUGAAUGAGCCAAUCAAUGCUCCUAAGUCAGACAACGACAAUCCUCAACAACCAGCUCUUUUGAAAAUCACUUUUGCUAUAGUUGCUUUAUUGACUUGUUAUAUGGAUGUUUUCUUCCCUGGUACUAAUAACAACUUGAAAAACAGCGCUGCCGCCGUCACUAGUGCUGUUGCUGACGCUGUUUCUUCCACUGUUGAAGCUGCUGCUACUUCUGCUUGA